GGCAGCUCUGCUCCGCGCGGCUGCCUGACUCGCAGCGAGGAUCGUCCCGCCGCUGCCGCGUCCGCUUGCCCUGCCUCGGUCGUGCUGCUGCUUGCGCUGCCCGUGCCAGCCGGAGCCCCGCGACCCCCGAGCCGCCCCGGACGGUUCAUGCAGCUGCAAUCACCCCGAGCGCCAUGGCUAGACCAUUGCAGGACCGGAGCCUCGCCGAGCCGACCGCAACUGUGUCCCGGAGCCCAACCUUCCCUGUGGGGGGGACGCUGGCCCUGCCGCCCUCCGUCUGCCGCCCGCCGCUCGCCUUGCCACCCGGGCUGAACUGCGUCUAUCGUUGCGGUCGGGCACUGGAGCCUCCCGGGAGCGUCCGUGCAAACAUACAGCCCACAGCAUCCUACACCCAAGAGGAACCCCCCACGGAGCCAGAGCAAAGCGCAGGGGGCCCUAAUGGGCACCUCCCAAGAACCCCACUCAACCUGGAGCAGGCCAUUGGGGCUCGUCUUCGCCACAUGGGAGACCGUUUCCAUCAAGACCACGAACAGAGGGAACGCAGGCCUCGGGGUGCCCUCUUGGCCCACUUGUACCAUUUCGUCUUCCAUCUACUGGGUAUCUUGGACAACUUACCUGCCAGGGGGUGACAAAAAAGCCUUGGAGAGAAGAGCCAUCCACUGAGCUGCUUUGGGACUUCUCUUCCUGCUGGCCAGGAGGACAGCAGCCUCGGUCAAAGAACAGAUGCCUGCGAACAGCUGGCCUCGAGCCCAUCGUGGUGGGCAAACAACGCCCUUUUCUGAGUUUGCCCCCAGCCCAGCAGUGCCUUAUGGGGAGCUGCACAGAUGGGUAGGGGCGAGACAAGUUAGCACUAUGUGAAUAUUUUUCACUGAGCCUGUACAUGCGGGUUGGGGGAGAACAGAAUUGCACUUGCCACCUCGACUCUAGAGGGACAGCCUACAAUGUCCACUGUAAAUACGGCCUGGACUUGUAUAGAUAUGUGGGAAGGGUGAGGGUGGCGAGAAAAAACCUGCACAUUGGUGCAGCUGCUGCUGUGUGUAUAUAGUCAGUCUUCAUGCCUGUACAUAGAAUACAAUUGGGUGCUACCUGUACAUACCUGAGGGGUUGGUUGUACGUAUCUUGUGAAGAGGUGGAAAUUUUUUUGUAUACUUCCUUUUCAAUAAAACCAGAUGAAAGCAGAA